AACAUCGCUCGUCUUCGCAUCGUACUGUAAAAGCCUAACUUCCGCCUUUGGCUUCGGGUUUUUCGUCUCUCCUUGCGAAAUCCGCUGCAGCUCUUGCUUCUUUUCGUCAAUUUUCGAGAAAAAAUUUUCCAUCGUUUUCAAAAAAAACCUAAAUCAAAAUUGAACAGUCACGGUGAGAUUGUGACAUUUUUCCGCGAAAAAAAUAGCCGGCGAUUGAAACGUCACUCAAAGCGAUCGGUUGCUGGGAGUUUUCCAAUUUCCCUUUUUUCGAAAGGCGAAGAAAAUUCCGCCUGGGGACUUUGGCGCGUCGGUUGGCAGCGCACUGGAACGCUUCGGUGGUCACGUGAUCUGUCAAAUUUGACUAUGGUGUUUUGAAUAGUUUUAAUUUUUGUGAAUUGUGGCAAAUAUCGGACGAAAUUAUGCCCUUCAGUGAAAAAGGUGUCGUAUUUACUUCACGCAGACGCUUCUUGCACAGUUCCAGACCAUUUCCCGACCCAGCUUCGUCCAUUUGGGACGGAAUUUUAAAAGGCGUCCUCUUCAGCUUGUGGGGCAACCAAAUUUAAAUCAAAAUUUACCCUAAAGCGCCAAUUUGCAAAUAACAUGAGUGCUCCCGCUUUCACCCUCAUUGGCGGGAGCGACGACGUGGAGGCCCUCGUCGACACGCUCACGAUCGAGGGGGCCACGCUGAACGAGAGCAACCUGUCGGGGCUGACCUCGACGGACAUCCAACAACUGGCCGAGCUGUCGCAGGAGCUGCACUUGUCGAACGAGAUGGAGACAGACGAGCCAGAAGUGAUAAUCGAGACCGUCGACGAGACCGGACAGGUGGAAGAAGAGGUCAUGCAGUCCGAACUAGCCCACGAAGUCGAGAUAGAAACCGAACGUGCCCCCUCUCCAGAGGAGAUCCUUCCAGACGUGAAAACAAAAACGACCACUAUACCUCCGUUGCGCCCCCUCACGAUAGCCCCCAAACCCACCAAAGUCCCGAUCGCCAUGAAGCCCAUGCCCGGCCAACAACUCCUCCUCCUACAAGGUACAAACUCCAACCAAGCCAUCAAAUUAGUCUCCUCGCAAGGGCAGGAACUCAACCUUGCCAACAUCUCUCUGGGGCGCCCCGUCGCCAUAAAACCCGCAGUUAAAACCGUGACGACGCAAGGCAACUUGGCCCUCAUGCAGCCCAAGCAAGUCGUCAUGAAAAAAAUCAUCACUUCUGCUCAAAAAACGACGCCGAAGCCCACCACGACGUUCACGAAUAAGCAGGGGCACAUCAUGGUGGUGCAGAAAGCCGACCAGGUGAAGCUGUUGCCGUCCCAGACGACGCUUCCCAGCCCCACGAAGACAAUAACUCUGCAGCAGGCGCAGGAGAUGGGGCUGAUCACCACGACGAAAAUGCUACCGCAGGCGCAGUCGACACCCAAGCAUACCGUUGUUUUAAACAAGGCGAGCGCCGCCCCCAAGACUAUCAAGAUCGUGCCUCAGGUGGCCCCCGCGCAGUUCGUGGGGCAGAAGACGGUGGCGGUGAGCCAGAUUAAGUCGCCGACGAAGAUUCUACCGGCGACGCAGACGACGUCGACGUCGAAAGUGCCGCAGAGGAUUUUUUUCAAGAGCGCGGCCACGGGGACCACCAUUUUGCCCUCGGCGCAGAUUAUUCAGGUGGCGGGGACGCAAGCGUUGAGUACGGGGCAGUUGCAUCAGAUUAAUAUUCCGGGGAAGGGGAUGCAAUACAUCAAAUUCGUGACGGCCACCAACUCCGAAACCCUUCCCACGUCCGCCUCCACCAUCACCACCGUGAAAACCCCGGUCCAGGCCUCCCCCACGAACAUCGUCCUGUCCGAAAUCAAGCCCGCCGCCGCCAGCCAAGGCACCGCCAUCGCCCCCAAACCCCUGAAGAACAUCGCCGCGAAAACGGCUGUCACCACCGGCCAAGUGGUAAUGCUGCCCAGCUACGUCCAAACCCAGCUCAACACGAAAGUGCCCAUACCCAUGCGCCACACCCCGGUCGCUAAGCAAGUCUCCCCCGACACCAGCGUGAACAUCACCCCCGAGGCCAACCUGGAAUCGAACGGGAUGCGGCCGCGGAAGCCCUGCAACUGCACCAAGAGCCAGUGCCUGAAGCUCUACUGCGACUGCUUCGCCAACGGGGAGUUCUGCUACAUGUGCAACUGCAUGAACUGCUACAACAACCUGGACAACGAGGACCACCGCCAGCGGGCGAUCAAGACGUGCCUGGAGCGCAACCCGAACGCCUUCAGGCCGAAGAUCGGCAAGGCGAAGGACGUGUCGGGGGACAGCUCGGUGCGGAAGCACACGAAGGGCUGCAACUGCAAGCGCUCGGGUUGCCUGAAGAACUACUGCGAGUGCUACGAGGCGAAGAUCGCGUGCUCGAACAACUGCAAGUGCGUGGGCUGCCGGAACAUCGAGGACUCGAUGGAGAAGAAGGGGAUGAGGAACAACCUGGAGGACGGGUUCAACCAGCAGCUGCAGGGGAAGAUGACGCAGUCGAAGGACCCGCUGCAGUUCAGGCCGAGGCGGACGUCGAACAGUCGGCAAGCGAUUAACUUUAUCAACGACGACGUCAUCGAAGCGACGUCGCAGUGUAUGCUGACGAUCUCGAACAGCGAGGAGGCGGGCAUGCAGGACGACGAGGUGACGAAGAGGCAGAUCAUCGAGGAGUUCGGGAGGUGUCUGAAAGAGAUCAUCGACUACUCGAUGCUGCAUAAUUGAUAGUUUUAAGUGUAAAGUCGAAAGUACGUUGUAGGCUGGAAUUUUAUUUUAUUGUUAGGAUUAAGUUCAAAUUGUAAUUUUUCAUGAUAUAAACUUUUAUCUUACGGUUUUA